AUGGAAACCUCCGAAAUUUCAGGAAACCCUUCUGCCGCCCUUACUGUCAUCCCGAUUGGCUGUCCACUGGAUGGAGCAGUCCGGAGCGUUUCGACGUCGAGGAAUGAGGGAUGUCUGAUUGCGACGGCUGAUGGUGGAGUGAAUGGUAUGGAGGUUGAUGGAAGCGACACAAUAAUGGAUGAUAAAUCGGAGGAGGCCUCGUCUCAGGUGUCGGAGCGUCGGGAAGUGAGGACGGUAGAGAAACCUGUCGAGCAACCCCUCAAGCUAUCCUUUAGGGACACGGUGGCUGGACAUACGAGAAUGAUCCAUGAUUCCAUAGAUGAGAAACUCUCCAAAUCAGUUAUUAUCCGGCUCCUGGGGAAGAAAAUUGGAUAUAAUGCUCUUUUGAAUCUCAUCCAAAUCCUAUGGAGACCUACUGGGGAAUUACAAUUAGUGGAUUUGGAUAAUGAUUAUUUUCUUGCUCGUUUUGCUCUAAAGAACGACUAUCUUAACGUUCUCUCCAGUGGACCCUGUAUGGUGUAUGGUAGUUAUCUUACGGUUCAACCGUGGUCGAGAAACUUCUCCACAUCUGAGGAUCAUCCUAACACGGUUCUGGCUUGGGUGAGGCUACCUGGGCUGCCUUACAAGUAUUACACUAAGAGCCUCUUGAGGGAUAUUGCUGGUGCGCUAGGGUUAAGAAUUGAUGGACGAUACCAAUCUGUGGAGUAUGGAGGUUUCCCUACUAUAUGUUUUAAGUGCUGUAUGUAUGGCCAUGAGAAAGAUUCAUGUGGGGUGGAAGAUUGCUUGGAUGGUAAUGUUAAAACUAAAGAAGCUGAGGGAUCUUUGACUCCGGACAUAUGGUCCGUGGAUGCAGAGGAUGAAGAGCAGGCUGGGCAGGUUAACCUCCAAGCAACAAGUAGCACUACCGAGAGGUUGAAUGUGACAGGACCACCGGGGUGGUCAUCACAAAGCACUCUUUGGAUUCCUCGAGUGGCUCAAAAGGAAAAGAUGUGCAGGUUCCUGUCCCACCUAUACCCGAUAACAGUAUUGGUGAUCUCGACAACCCGGAACCCCCUUCGAAAUAUAAACAAGGUUGUGGUUUACUCUACGACUACUAGUUUGGAAAAGCUUCAAUCAACAAAUAAAACGGUGACGGUGUUGACGCAACCCAGUGCUAUACAGAUUGGAAAAUCGGGUCCGAAAAUUAUUGCUCGAACCCCCACGACAGUUAAAGGAAUUAGUAAGAAGGGCACAAAAGUUAAGAAGAAAGAUGAUAAAUUGUCGAGUAAACCUAUACUGACCGAGUGGAUUAACAACAUGAUGAAUGAGUUAAACCAAGCCAGUACGAGUUUGAACCAAAAUGUGCAGGAAUCACAAAGAAUGCAACAGGAGGGACAAUCUUCAAUUCAGUGGCAUGUCAAUACGACCUUUGAAGGGUCCGGUGAUGGUGUAGGUAACUUUUAUUUCAAGAUGUUAAACAGAUCUCAAGAACCUGAUAUAAUUGCUUUGAUGGAACCUCGAGUUAGUAGAAGUCGAGCUGAUGAGUUUGUUAGGAAGUCUGGGUAUGAAUAUUCUUUCCGUAUCAAAGCUAAUGGAUUUUUAGGAGGGAUUUGUCCCAAUAACUACGUUCGUCGUUCAGUCUGGAACCAGUUGAGAGCUUUAGAACCGGAAUCGAACAGCCUUUGGGUGCUUGGGGGAGACUUCAAUGCCAUCUCUAGUGUCGAUGAACGUCAGGGUGGUUCGAAAAGGAGAUCAGCGAUAUGUUCGAAGUUUUCGAAUUUUCUUUUUGAGACUAGUCUGUUAGACAUGGGUUUUAAUGGUCCUCGGUUCACUUGGCAUCGUGGGGAUCUCAUGCAAAGAUUGGAUUAUUGCUUGUGUAAUCAGCAUUGGAAUCGACCUUUUCAAUUCGUUAUUGCAUGGAAUGAACACUCUGAUUUUGAGAGAUUCUUACUCAACACAUGGAAUAAUGAGGUGGUGUUGGAAGAGAAUCUUAAGGAGUUUCAAGAUAAGGUGAGGAAGUGGAAUAAAGAAGUUUUUGGACUUAUCGGAAGACGCAAAACGCUCCUUCUUGCUCGCAUACGUGGUGUCGAACAAGCUCUUGAACGCUACGGUUUUUCAACAGGAGUCUUUAUGGUACCAAGAUGCCAGUGGAUUACGCAUGGUGACCGAAAUAUGCGUAAUUUCCACGCCUUCACCAUAAACCGAAAGAAACGGAAUGCCAUUUGCAUGUUGCGUUUGGAAGAUGGGGUUGGUGCAAAGAUUCGGAUAGACUCCAAGAGAGUGCAGUUGGGUUCUUUCGGAAACUCUUUACUUUUGAGAAUCGCCGGAGCACUGGGCUCGAUUUUAUGGGUAGAUUCAAGCAGCUUGAGGGAGUCUCAACUUCGUUGUUUGAUUAGACCGGUUAAUAUGGAGGAAGUGCGGCCGACUUUAUUUAUGAUGCAUCCUUUGAAGGGCUCAGGCAUAGAUGCUUAUCAAGUAGCUUUCUUUCAGAAAAAAUGGAGUGUGGUGGGAACGUCCCUUGGUAAGGCUGUUAUUGACUCUUUUGAAAACGGAUCAUUGAUUGACUAG